AUGGCCUGGCACGAUGGCGUGAGGGAGACACGGGUCCUGAUCGGCCCCUGUAAGUCCUCUUCUUCUUCUUCCUCUUCUGAUGCCCUAGGAUCAGUUUCUGUGCUCUUCAUUUUCCGCAUUGUCGUCAGAUUAAUACUCUCUGAAUGUCGCAUAACUUGAAUUAAAUGGAUCUUGUCGAGAAAAAUGCUUUAAAUUACCGCAAGCUGAAGCACAAUGCCGAUGAAUAAGUCAAACAGAGCGUUCUAAGUUGAUCACUAGCCCUACGGUCUGAUGUGUAACAUUCCAUCUGAAACUAGUUUCCGCUUUGCUCCCCUGACUUGGGACUCUCUAGGGAUGAUUUUAUGACCAUAUCAUGGGCUCAUCUCAAGACUAGUUUGACAACCCCUCCAGAGGGACCGUGUAAUAGCAAAAUAAAAUUGUACUCAUUCAACAAAUUGAAUGAGAACAAGAACUGCUGUUUUAUUUCUUUUUUAAUUUCAGCCUGUCGUUGACAGAAGAACAUUUUCAGCAUCAUGCAGUAAAAAUGAUGAGGGAGAAUGUGGAAAAGCUGAGGGACGCAUAUUAUCGUUGCGCCAUCCAAAAUCUGGUAUUAUCCGUAUCCUGUGCGCCUCGGGCAGCCAUGUUUCUUCAUUCAUUCUACAUUCCCAUUUACUAUACUUCUUCAAAAGAGUGUCAGGGCACAUUUUUUAGCAUUUUUGUUCAAGCGUGUUGACGGACCAGACUGUGACAAACCAUACUUCUGUCCAUGUGCGCGUUUUCUCCUAUUCCACUGCAGCCAGAUUUCUGUCAUAAUUCGGAGAGAAUCACUGGGAUAUAAUUUCUCUCUUUUGUAUAGAUUUUGGGUAAAGGCCACUUGUCAACUCUUUUUGGCUCAUUUUUUUCUAGGGGGUUUAGUUACUAACGUAUGCAUCAAAUCGAAACCAUCUAGACAUAUUUAAAUCAGUUAAAUCUAUAUCUACAUCUAUGUGCGUAUUUAUCGGAGUUCAUUUUGCACGAAAGGUGAAGUAUUAACCAAUUUGACUACAUAUUUUGCCAAUCCAUCAGCUUGAGAUCUUUUUAAACUUUUCAUCUUGUCAUGUUUGUAAAACUAAGCAAGCCAUGACCUGAUGUUCUCUUGCGCUAUGCUGACGGUCUAAAUAUUUUCUGAUCUUAUACGGAUUCUAAAAUUUGUCAGGAACUCCAACGUGUUACAUUUUCGGAAAUGAAUCGCUCCAAGAACUUCACUGGUUCAAGCAAGCAUAUGGUUCUUGGUUCAUCGGAGAUUAUGUUUCUGAAGGUAAUGUCGGCAUUCCUUUAAGUCAGGUUCUUAACUACACUUUUAACCGUAAUUUGGGUUGUACAGAAAGUUGUAAAACGUCAGUUUUUUUCACGUUACUUUUAUGGUAAAUGCUCUAAGAUCUUUUGUGCCGUUCAAAAUUUCUACGUAUGCAUUACUUUUGUCAGACGUCCUCAAAUGAUUUUAUGCAUGAAUUUAGGAUUGUGAUCCUUACAUUCGUGUGUUCAAACUUUUAACUGUGAUUAAGCUUUGAGCUUAUCUUAUUAAACAUGGUUCGCAUUCAGCCUGAUAGCGUUUCUUCUGAUGCAGAUGCCAGUCUAUUUAUAUCAACACCGUUUGACCCCAUUUUUCUCUUCUUACCUGUUUUUGAGGAAGCACGAAUGAAGGCAAGUUAAAAUGCGUAAAAGUACUGUACCGUGCAUUUGUAUUUUUCUCUAUUUUUCGGAUUAUUUUGAUUCCCUUCCCUCUUGAAAUAAUAUUGUAUUUAUAUUUUAUAGAUGUCUAGGUGUAUCUUGAAGAAAAAUAUAAAUAUGUUCGCUGUCCAUGUCCACAUUUGGUCCAAAGAACAAUUUGGAUAUGCAUUGGUACUCAAAUUUAUAUAAAAUCCAACCUUUCUCAAGGUAGAACUGAUUUAUUUUUUGUAUGAUGACUUCUGAAGUUUUAAAUGCACAAAAUUUAAGAACUAGUAGUAAUUUCUCGUAUCUACAGCAAACACUCCUCAAUGGUUUCUCAAAUUGAUAAAUAAGAUGGGUACGGUAAGCUGUUCUUUACCGUUGAAUCUGCACAAAGCUCCGUAUUGAGAUUUCUAAUGGGUUAAAUUCUUAGAUUGUCAUAUCAUGAAAGCCCAAAGAGAUAAAAAUCGUUACGUCAACAUCUUCAUCUUACUAUGAAGAUGAAGAUUAACAAGCGCAUUGAUAGCCCCUCCAUACUAAUACAUUAUUCCCAGUUAAAUAAAUUAUAUAGUCUAGUACCAAGCUGGGAAAACAAUAUGGCACAGAAUGGGUACAAAAUUAAGUUUGCUUUCACCACAUGCUCAGCGGAUGUAUCUGAGUGCAGUUUCUCGUAGUUAAUUGUGAAAAAUACACUCCUUGGAUUCCUAUAUAUGACACUUCAAAAUUUUAUUUUAGCCAUAUCCACUAACCCAUCUUGUUUUUUUUUUUUUUUUUUGUGGUACUUUCUUUAUUAAUCAUCUAGCUCUACCCUUUUUUGUUGCAGAAGAGUCAUGAUCAGGGAAUGUUUAGGGAACUAAAUGAAAUUCUCUUUGUCGAUGGCUAUCCAGGCUACCAGCAUCUUCUGUCCAUUGCAAAAGAUUCUAUCGAACUAAUUUGCGAAGUGAAAGGUGAAAAGCAACGUAUUAUUUCGCAAGUUAUUUUAAACAGAUAAACAUCGAUCUUGGGAUUUACAUCUGAUCAACUUUUUGUCGUCCAUUUAAUACAAUUCAUCGUCAAACAUGCUGUAAAAAUGAUUUCUUCGUUUACUUUGCAUCCAUUAAUCUCAUGCUAUUUCUCCGGACAAAUAGUUUUGACUGUUGGUUCUACCCUAGCGCUCUCUCUUCAUGUUGUUUAUAGCCUUUUGAGAAGGGAAACUCCCUUUGGAUUGUGCACAGAAUUCGUCCAAACCUCACAUUGAUGUUCCAAAUCAAAUCACCAAGAGGGGAAUGAUGUUCCUAGAUUUUAUUUUAUUUUUUCAUACUUCUGUACGAUGUGUCUUCUAGUGCCAAAUACUUAUUUUUCAGGCUUUAAAUGAGGCAUUAAUAUCCUCAAUUUUAUGCUUGGGUGUGUCAUUUUGCAGAAAUUGGGGCUUCAAAGUUCUUCCGGCUAGAUGAUUCGAAAGUCUUGGCUUGGCUAUGUUGUAAGGUAUGGUCUUCAUUUAGAAGAUCAUGCAUCUUGAUUUCAUCAUUUUAUUUUCCCAACAUUUUAUUCGACUUUGGCUUUUAUCCAUCCAUAAUUCAACCACUCCCCUAAUAAAUACUUGGAAGAUUCCUUGUAGAUUUUUAUGCAGAAAUCAUUGACACAGGUGCAUAUCUCUCAUCAUGAAGAUGACGUCAUAUUUUUCUCAUAUUCCUCUGAAAAAUCAUGAACUUGUUGAAGUAAAUAAUGGGGAAGUGAAGAAAUCAAAGUGCUGCCAUGACCUCGAGUUACUAGAAGCAAUUCAUUUUCGAUAAGAUAUUUGUUAUUCUUCCCGAUAAGCUUCAUUAAAAUCUUUCCGUUCUUCCACAAUUGCAGAUAAGCAACCUGAAAGCAACUCUGUUGACGUUGGACAGAAAUUUUGCUGCCAGAGAAGAGGCAGAGACGUGUAUGAUACCCAACAAGAGCAAUGUUAUUGGGUUAAAUAAAAUAAUUCAUUUUCCUAUAUUUCUCCGUCAUCAGUGUUCUAAACCCCUAAUAAACCAUUUCUGUUUCUGCCUUGAUGAUCCACAUCGACUCAUAUAAAAUAAAUAAUUUUCCUGCAUUUCUCCCUUAUCAGUGUUCUAAACUCCUGCAGCCAACAUUCUACUUUACCAUUUCUGUUUCUGCUCUGAUGAUCCUCUUAUUGAUUUGGUAUAAAUAAUGGCCUGAUCAACAAUGAUUUCUCCCUCACAUAAAAUAAUUAAUUUUCCUAAAUUCCUCCCUCAUCAGUGUUCUAGUAUCAUCACAAUGGAAUCAUAACCCCACAUGGCAGAAUUUUUAUAUGGGUUUUUUUUUUUUUUUUUUUUUUGGUAAUAUUAUGUGGAACCUACUAACUGCUAUGGUGCAGCAGUGAAUGACGCCGUCUCCCUUCUGGGCGAGUACAUAAACGACGCCUGGUUGAAGACCUUGUGCGAUCAUAUGAAGUGAGAUCAUCUCCCCUGAUGAGGAGAACCCUAAAAAGACAAGGGACCUCAUUCUCAUUAUCGUUCUCAUUCUCAUUCUCUGCAGUUUGAACCUGGACGCCGUGAUGAGAAAAACCCUAAUAAGGGAAACCCUUCCUGCUGCAGCCGAGGAGAAACCCCCCCCACCUUCUCUCCCACUAGUAGGGUUCUUCAGCCCGCAUACUAUUUCUUAGAUUUUUUUUAUCCAUUUAUUUAUGUUUUUAUGAAAUUACUUGCAGGGUAGUAGAAAUGGGAAUGGGAAGCGGGCCAGUGAGAAGCCGUCGAAGAAGAAGCCGACGGACCAGGUGGAGUCGAAGAACAUCAGAGACAUGUUCAUGAGGGCGACGAGGAGCGGGAGCAAGAUCGCCAAACGAUGA